AUGGCCACCACUCCAUCCGGCAUACGCAUUGCCAUCGACCGAGGCGGUACCUUUACUGACGCCUGGGCCUGGAUCCCCCAAAAAGACGAAAAACUGGUUAUUAAGGUGCUCUCGCAAAGCCCUGAUGAAUAUGAAGAUGCUCCGACCGAGUGCAUCCGACAGAUCCUUGAGACGGCCACUGGCCAGCCAAUCUCAAGAGGAACGCUAUUGAACCUGGAUCAAGUCGAAUCCAUCCGCAUGGGGACGACUGUGGCAACCAAUGCCCUCUUGGAACGUAAAGGCGAGCGCACCGCGCUAGUCAUCACCAAGGGAUUCCGAGAUAUAUUGGAAAUAGGCAACCAAGCCCGACCUCACAUCUUUGACCUUUCAGUUCGCCGCAUGGGCAAAUUAUAUGAGACUGUGCUCGAGGUUGACGAGCGUGUUACCAUCGAGGGCUUCGCAGAGAACCCAGAGCCCAAGCCCAUUAUCGACGUCGCUUCAGAUCCUGACCUGACGAUAGGCUUGUCCGGCGAAGCAAUUCGUAUCAUCAAGGCUCCAGACUACGACCAGGUCCGGCGUGACCUCUCGGAGCUGUGGUCACGGGGCUAUCGAAGCGUAGCUAUCGCCGUCAUGCAUUCUUACACUUUCCAAGACCACGAACUUGGUAUUGCCAAUAUUGCCCGGGAGCUCGGUUUCAGGGUUUCUGCUUCCUCGGAGCUUCAGAAGAUGGCCAAGAUUGUACCGCGAAGUCAAUCCGCAGUUGCUGAUGCUUAUCUGUCGACGGUGACGGAUAAGUAUCUAGACAAUUUUCGGAAGGGCUUCCAGGGUCAACUGCAAGACGACAAUGCCAGAAAACUCUUCUUGAACCAAUCAGAUGGUGGUCUGACGGCCUACACGAACUUUAGUGGCCUUCGAGGAGUACUGAGUGGGCCAGCAGGCGGAGUUAUUGGCCUCUCCAAAACGUGUUAUGAUGAUCGUGAUGGAACUCCUGUCUUGGGCUUCGAUAUGGGCGGUACCAGCACCGACGUCACACGUUAUGCUGGAUCCCUGGAACACAUCUUUGAGAGUACCAUCGCAGAAAUUACUAUCCAGACACCACAACUGGACAUCAACACCGUAGCAGCCGGUGGUGGUUCAAUCUUAAGCUGGGAGAAUGGCCUCUUCAAAGUCGGGCCAGGAAGCGCCGGUGCUGAUCCUGGCCCAGCCUGCUACGGCAGAGGCGGCCCCUUGACCGUCACAGAUGCCAACUUCUUCCUCGGCAGGAUUGUGCCCGACCUUUUCCCUCGUCCAUUAGACUACGCUGUUGUUCAGAAGAAGUUUAGCGAGUUGACAGAUGCCAUCAACUUGAGUAAAGAAGGCACCACCAAAUUCGCCCCGGACGAAGUGGCCAUGGGCUUCAUCACCAUUGCAAACACCACAAUGACUCGGCCCAUCCGGACACUCAGCGAGGGACGAGGAUUUGAGACUGGAGCUCAUAACCUGGGCUGUUUUGGCGGUGCAGGUGGUCAACACGCCGUGGCUGUGGCCAGGGAUCUCGGGAUCCGGCGCGUUAUAAUCCCUCGUUAUUCCAGCAUCUUGUCAGCCUACGGCAUGGCACUCGCUGAUGUGGUGGCGGAGAACCAAGAGCCAGAGACGGUGACCUUUUCAGAAGACGCUUACACGCAACUACAGAGUCGCUUCGAUCGACUAGCUUCCCAAGGUAGCCAGGAACUCGCUUCUCAAGGAUUUGAAGAGGACCAAAUUCAACACGAACGCUUCCUCAACAUGAGAUAUCAAGGCAGCGACACAGCCCUGAUGAUCCCACAUCCUGGCGUCCUGGCUGAUUUUGGGGAAGCCUUCACCAGUCGCCACCGCCAAGAGUUUGGGUUCACGCAGCCUCGCGACAUUGUCGUGGAUGAUGCUAGAGUGCGCAGCAUCGGCAAAGGCGCAGAUCUCAAGCUGACUAGCCCUUUCGACGAAUUGCGCAGAGUUCAGUCAUCACCACCUGCCACUCCCGUUAAGCCUAGGGAGAUGACAAAAGUGUAUUACGAAAACGAGGGCUGGAUGAAGACUGGCUUGUAUUUCCUGGGCGACCUUCAAAUCGGGAGCCGUAUACGGGGACCUGCUAUGGUGGUCGACAAGACUCAGACAAUUGUUCUAGACCCUUCCAGUGCGGCUGUCGUUCUACCUGAACAUCUCAUCUUGGACAUCUUGGAUGUUCAAACACUUGAAGUUGCUACGUCUGCCGUGGAUCCAGUGCAAUUAAGCAUCUUCAGUCAUCGCUUCAUGAGUGUCGCAGAGCAAAUGGGUCAGACAAUGCAAAAGACAUCCAUUUCGGUCAACAUAAAAGAACGCCUUGAUUUCUCCUGUGCCAUCUUUUCGGCAGACGGAGGACUGGUGGCGAACGCGCCGCAUAUUCCAGGACAUCUAGGCUCGAUGAGCUACGCCAUUGCUUACCAGGCCAAGUUGUAUGGCCCUGGAGAGCUGAAGCCCGGCGAUGUUCUGUUGAGCAACCAUCCACGCGCGGGAGGCACUCACUUGCCGGACCUUACAGUUACCACGCCAGUGUUCGAUGAGAAUGAUCCCCAAAAGAUUCUGUUCUUUGUGGCCAACCGCGGACAUCAUGCCGAUAUCGGUGGCAUUCAACCAGGUUCCAUGCCGCCUCACUCAACAGAGCUAUGGCAGGAGGGCGUUGCUGUAGAGACGUUCAAGAUGGUCAAUGAAGGAGUGUUUGAUGACGCAGGUCUCCAUGAAAUCCUGGUCGACAUUCCUGGCUCGUACCCUGGAUGUAGUGGAACCAGAACUUUGAAAGACAACAUUGCAGACUUGAAGGCAGCAAUUGCUGCAAACAACCGAGGCAUCCAGCUCAUUACGGCAUUGGUCAAGGACUACUCGUGGCCUGUCGUCGAGUUUUACAUGGAAGCCAUCCAGAACAACGCUGCGCAAUCGGUUCGACGGCUGCUGAAAGAGUUUGCAAAGCGAUUCCAAGGCCAAGACCUACAAGCCACAGAUUAUCUAGACGACGGAACCCCCUUGUCACUGAAGAUCGACAUCGACGAGGAGACUGGCAAUGCCGUCUUUGACUUUGAGGGGACAGGUCCUGAACACUACGGCAAUCUCAACUGUCCUCCGGCAGUCAUGUACUCUGGCAUCAUGUACUGCCUAAGGUCAAUGAUUGCCACCGACACUCCCCUCAACCAGGGAUGUCUCGCCCCGAUCAAACUCAAACUCCCCCCGGAUUCUAUCCUCUCACCCUCGUUGAAGGCAGCAACAGUGGGCUCGAAUGUCGAGACAUCCCAACGAAUCGUCGACCUGGUCUUCAAAGCAUUCCAAGCAUGCGCCGCCUCUCAAGGAACCUGCAACAACCUGACGUUUGGAUACGGUGGCACCGAUCCAGAGACCAACGAGGUGGUCAAAGGCUUCGGAUAUUACGAAACCAUUGCUGGUGGCUCUGGCGCCGGUGCGGACUGGGAGGGCGAGAGCGGCGUACACACCCAUGUUACUAACACGAGAAUCUCCGAUCCUGAAACCUUUGAACGUCGUUAUCCCGUUCUUCUCCGCGAGUUCUCCAUACGUCGUGGCAGUGGUGGCCCGGGACUCAACCGUGGUGGUGACGGCUGCAUCAGAGACAUCGAGUUUCGUAUGCCUCUCCAAGUGUCCAUCUUGUCAGAGCGCAGAGUCAUUGCGCCCUACGGCAUGGCAGGCGGUGAAGAAGGGAAAAGAGGUCUCAAUCUCUGGGUGCGGCGCGAUCCAGAAGAUGGUACUACUCGAACCAUCAGCCUGGGUGGGAAGGCAACGACCAACAUGAACGCCGGGGACAGGAUAAUCAUCCAGACGCCUGGUGGCGGUGGCUAUGGCCCGGAUCCCAACAUAGUGAAAAAGAAGGAGCUCUUUGGCAUUUUCAAGAUUGGAGACAAGUUUGCAAGCGCAGGACCGGCUAUGAGGACGGGAAGUCUGGCUCAAAGGGAUGCCACUGCUGAAGGUAACUAA